UGAACCGCGCCGGCCCUUCCGGAAGGCCCGCGGGAACUGCGCUUCCCAGCGUCCGUAGCGGCGGGAGCCUCGGCUACGGGGGCCGGUGAGGGACGCGUGCGUACGCGCGGGCGGCUCUGUUCCACGCGCCAUGGGACAGCUGGGGGCUGGGCUGCUGCUACGGUGGUUGCGGGCGCGUGGCUGCGUGGGGCCGGCCUUGCUGUGGGGACAGCGGGUAGCGGGCGGCGGCGCCCGGGCCUGCAGCUCCACGCCCGCCUCGGAUGGCCUCGAGGGCCCGGCGCGCCGGCGCUCCUACUGGCGCUACGUGCGGCGUCUGGUGCAGGGAGCGCCGGAGCCGCCGUACGCGCGCGUGUGCCUGGUCGGGGACCCGGCUCUGCGGGCCGUGGCGGCCCCGGUAGAGCCGGCGCAGCUGGAGGGACCGGAGCUGCAGCGGCUGGUGCAGCGGCUGGUGCAGGUGAUGCGGCGCCGGCGCUGCGUGGGCUUGAGCGCGCCGCAGCUCGGGGUGCCGCUGCAGGUGCUGGCGCUGGAGUUCCCCGAGGCGCUCUUCCGCGCUUGCGCACCGCGCGUGCGCGAGGCCCGUCAGAUGGCGCCCUUCCCUCUGCGCGUGUUCGUGAACCCCAGCCUGCGGGUGCUGGACAGCCGCCUGGUCACCUUCCCCGAGGGCUGCGAGAGCGUCGCCGGCUUCCUGGCCUGCGUGCCCCGCUUCCAGGCGGUGCAGAUCUCAGGGCUGGACCCUAGAGGAGAGCAGAUGGUGUGGCAGGCGAGUGGGUGGGCAGCCCGCAUCAUCCAGCACGAGAUGGACCACUUGCAGGGCUGCCUGUUCAUUGACAAAAUGGACAGCAAGACGUUUACCAACAUCCACUGGAUGGAGGUGAAUGACUAAAGCCUUCCUGCUGCAUCUGAGGAUCCUGAAGACCAAAACGCAAACACUUUGGCUUUAAGCUGGGCAAUUCGUACUUGGCAUCAACUUGGUAUUGGCUCUGCUGUGACAGAAAACAAUGGACUGCCGAAGCAUGCCGUCCUGAGUUGGAGGAAGAUGUUAAAAAUGUGUGCUCUGAAAUGAGCCAUGGACACUGUAUUGCCUUCAACUUGCAAAGAAAAACAACUUGCCUAAAGGAGUGGACAUUUCCUAGCAAUUUUGUAUGGAGAUACGGGGGCUGGGGACGCAAGUAAAUAGCCAUUCUCAGUA